AGAGAGAGAGAGAGAGAGAGAGAACGAGGUGUGCUUGGAGCUGCUUUGGCUAAAAAAUGUCGUCACAUUCGGCGAAAACCAUGUCUGAAAUAGCCGCGGAUGCGCUGUCGGAUCGGUUUAGGAACACUCUGACCGUCGGGGAAAAUGACGGCGUCGUUAGCGUUGACAAACCGGACUUCCGGGAGCUUGAUCUGUGGUCUCCGGCAACGCCGCUCCGAACCCGCAGUGGUGGUGGGCUCCCCGCGUCGGCGUCCGCCGCCACCACCACCGCAACCAGCAGCAGCUCCAGUUCGUCCGGAUCGGUCACGGACCGAGCCUCGGCGGUGCCUAACUCGCAUUUGCCCCAAAGAUCUGGUCCCAACACCAACAGCCACUCAGGCGAGCUUUCCGUCGAGAGUUCCCCUUCAUCAGCUACCCGAAACUCCCGUCCGGGUCACACCCGGUCCCGCUCAUGCGGGUCCCACCAGCUAUUCUUCUCCGGAUCGGGCUCUGUCAACUCCCCGCCAGCGAAUGUGGUGCCCACCGGGAACAUCUGCCCUUCCGGCAGAGUCCUGAAAACUGGCAUGGCCAGCCGGUCCACGAAGCCCGAUGUCCUGGGUUCGGGCUCAGUGAAUUACGGCCAUGGUAGCAUAAUGCGGGGCGGCGGGCUUGCAUACAAAACCGGUCCUGACAGUGGGCCCACCAAUAAUUACUCGAGAGGACUAAUGGUUGGCGGGGAUAUGGGGAGAAGGACGAUUGGGGUUUGCAGUAAUAAUAACACUGAUCCUGAGGAACUGAAAAAACUGGGGAAUGACAGCUACAAACAUGGGCAUUUUGUGGAGGCUUUGAAUUUUUAUGAGAAAGCAAUUUCUAUUUCGCCGGCUAAUGCUGCCUAUCAUUUCAAUCGUGCGGCGGCAUUGACAGGUUUGAGGCGUUUGUUUGAGGCAGUUAGAGAAUAUGAGGAGGCAAUUAGACUCGAGCCAGGGUACGUGAAGGCACACCACCGUUUGGGAUCUUUAUUUCUUAGUUUAGGACAGGUCGAAAAUGCGAGGAAGCACAUUUGUUUUUCAGGGCACCAACCAGAUCCUGUAGAUUUCCAAAAGUUGCAGUCAGUGGAAAAACAUCUGAGCAGGUGUGCUGAUGCUCGUAGAGUAGGUGACUGGAGAAGUACUUUGAGGGAAAUCGAUGCCGCCAUUGCCUCUGGAGCCGAUGCUUCUCCUCAGCUGUGCGCUUGCAGGGCAGAAGCUCUCUUGAAGCUUCACCAAUUGGACGAUGCUUUCUCGGUCAUGUCGAAUAUCCCUAAAUCUGAGCCAUCCACAGCUCAUCUUCCCCAUAGGAUUUUCGGGAUGCCAUUUGGAGCGUACAUAUUAUAUGUAAGAACUCAAGUAGAAUUGUCCAAGGGGAGGUUUGAAAGUGCUCUAUCAGCUGUAGAGAAAGCUAAAGAGAUGGACCCACACAAUGUUGAGAUCUCAAACUUACUCAACAAUGUGAGGUUAGUGAGCCGAGCUCGUGCCCGUGGGAAUGAUUUAUUCAGGUCAGAAAGGUUCACUGAGGCUUGCUUGGCAUAUGGGGAAGGUCUCAGGCUCAAUCCCUCGAACUCUGUUCUGUACUGCAAUAGAGCGGCUUGUUGGUAUAAGCUUGGGAAGUUGGAAAAAUCGGUGGAUGAUUGCAAUCAAGCUCUUCAGAUUCAGCCCCGUUACACUAAAGCUCUGCUUCGAAGGGCUUUGUCUAACAGCAAGCUCGAACGGUGGAGUGAAGCUGUGAGGGAUUAUGAGGUUUUGAGAAGGGAACUCCCGGAUGACAAUGAGAUUGGCGAGUCUCUAUUUCACGCGCAAGUUGCACUUAGGAAAGCACGUGGAGAGGAAGUGUACAAUAUGAAAUUUGGUGGGGAAGUUGAGUUGGUUUCUGGUCCUGAGCAAUUCCGGGCUGCAAUUUUAUCAUCCGGUGAGGGAGCAUCUCUGGUUUUUUACAAGACAGGUUCCAACGCACAGUGCAAUCAAAUUUCACCCUUCUUGGAUGCAUUAUGCACCCGAUAUCCAUCAGUUAAUUUUCUGAAGGUAAAUAUUGAAGAGAGCCAGGAAAUUGCAAAUGCGGAGAAUGUCAAAAUAGUGCCGACAUUCAAGAUUUACAGAAAGGGCAUCCGAGUCAAGGAAAUGGUAUGCCCGAGUCCCGAGGUUCUAGAGUCAUCUGUGAGGCAUUACAGUAUAUGAAAUCUUGACCAAUUGAAGGCCUGUCACUUAUGGUUGGAGACAGUAAUAAUUCGAAGCCACACCAGUCAAGUGCUACUGGAAUUUAAAGACAUAGCUUAGUUCCCUUUUGCCUGUUUUUCCAUUUUUUUUUUUUUCAUUUUUAUUCAUUCAUUCAUCGGAUUCCAUCUUGCACCUAUCCCUUCAUACUUCCCAUCUAAACCUUUUUGGAACAUUGCAUCUCUUACCUUUACUUCUUUCGUUGAGGCUGGUUAAUUUCUUGGUCAUUCAAGAGAAGAUUGUUUGAUGAAGUAUGUGAAAAACUAAUAUCUGUUCGAUCUUUGGCUGAACCUUAGUGAGGAAAGGAGAGAGGGAAGGAAAUUGAAUGCUUAUGGCUGUUGGUUGGUUUUUAGACGAGGUGUUGUUGCACAUGCACAUGCAAAGAUAUGCGUGUAUAAGUUCUAUUGAAGGCUCGUUGAGAAAGGAAAUGGACUUGGUGGGUAUUUGUUGGGUUAAAGAAGGAAGAUGAACAUGAUGCAAUAUUGGUGUUGAAUUUUUCUUUUUCCUUUUCUUUUCCUACACCAUUCAAUUUUAAAUAAACCAAAAAUAUGUUCUUUAGAGUUUCCAUUUUCCCCCAUGUCUCGUGUAAUCAUCCUUUGCAGAGAGUUAACAUUUUCUCUGCCAGACCAUCUGUCUUCGUAUAAGAUCUAUUCUUCAUUACUUUGGAGUAUUGGGUUUACAUGUCUUAAUUUCU